AUGGCCAUCUUCGGCAAUCAAAUUCUACAACUGUUUUUUGUCUUCGUCGGGAUAGCCAACAGUGAGGAAAUCUUUCAAGAAUGGCACGUAACAAUUGACAGAACUAUCAGCCCAGUAUCCAACGAACAACCGGUUAUCCUCAUCAAUGGGAAGUUCCCUGGACCCCUUAUCAAUGCCACAACCAAUGAUAUGAUCCAUAUUAAUGUGUUUAACGAUAUGGACGAACCAGUUUUAUUUACAUGGAAUGGGAUACAACAAAGGCUGAACUCCUGGCAAGAUGGUGUGGGCGGCACGAACUGUCCAAUCGUGCCGGGCUCAAAUUGGACCUAUGCGUUCCAAGUCAAGGACCAAAUUGGCUCUUUCUUUUACUUCCCUUCCAUCAACAACCAGAAGGCUGGGGGAGGGUUUGGUCCCAUUAGAGUUAACAAUCGUAUUGUUAUCAGUGUACCAUUCCCAAAACCUGAAGAUGAAUUUGACCUUCUCAUUGGAGACUGGUAUCCAGAGAAUUACAAGAAUCUUGCAUACAUGCUGAUAGACAACUACACGCUCCCUCUGUGGAUUUUAAUGAAUGGAAAAGGCCCAUUUUUGAAUACUUCUACGAAAGUUUAUGAAUCCUUCACGGUUGCUCAAGGGAAGACAUACAGAUUUAGGAUAUCCAACGUGGGAAAUCAAUGGAGUUUCAAUUUUAGGAUUCAGAAUCAUCACAUGUUGGUGGUAGAAACUGAAGGAUCAUACACUAAUCAAAUAAUGGUGGACUCCCUCGAUGUCCAUGUUGGCCAAUCCUACUCAGUUCUAGUCACGGCUGACCAAAAGGCAGCUGAUUAUUACAUUGUGGCAACACCAAAAAUGGUUAAUAUCACUGAAUACGCCAAUCUUGUGGGCAUAGGGGUGCUACAUUAUCUCAAUUCUAGUACAAUGGCUGCUGGACCUCUUCCAAGUGGACCUGACCCAUAUGAUCUACAAUUCUCCAUUAAUCAAGCCAAGGCCAUCAAGUGGAAUAUGACUACUGGGGCUGCUAGGCCUAAUCCACAAGGAACCUUCAACGUGACCAAUGUGACACUGUCACAGACAUUUAUCCUCACAGGAUCAAGAGCUUGGGAUACUAGUGGUUUUCCUUACUACACAGUCAACGAUGUGUGGUACACAGAAACAGAUACCCCAUUAAAGCUGGCUGAUCUAAUGACAAAUGGGUCUGGAGUCUAUGAACUUGAUAAAUUCUCUACUAACUCCAGCAAUGGAAACCUAAGACAUGGAGUUUUUGUAGCAAGUGGAAACCAUAAAGGGUGGUUAGAAAUUGUGCUCAAGAAUGAUUUAGAUGUUAUAGAUUCUUGGCAUUUGGAUGGGUACAGUUUCUAUGUUGUUGGAUUCGGUGAUGGAAACUGGACUCCUGAAUCUCGUAAUAAUUACAAUCUUUAUGAUCCUGUAGUUCGCUCUACCAUUCAGGUUUAUCCUAAAAGGUGGACUGCAGUCUAUGCAUACCUUGACAAUCCUGGGAUGUGGAAUUUGAGAUCACAGAGUUUGAAAAAUCGGUAUUUGGGCCAACAGCUCUACUUGAGAGUUUAUGAUGCUGACCCCAACCCUGCGAAGGAGAGACCACCCCCAGAUAACCUUCUUCUAUGUGGAGCCUUCGGUUACUUAGCUCCCCCCCCUCCUCCCUUUCCUCCACCUCCGUCACCUCCUGCUCCUGCUAGCCCUUCUCUUUCUCAGGCAUCAUCGACACAAAUAACAUGGUAUUAUUACAUCACUGUGAUCUGCAUGGUUUCAAUGCUCUACCUCGGCCAGCAAUAG